AUGGUUACUUUAAAAGCAAUUAAACGUCAACAAAAUUUAAAUAAUAAACGGAAUAAUAAUAGAUUGUCAAUAAUAAACGAAAAUCUAAGCCCAGUAAACUCACAACAAACUAUCUCACGUAGAGAAUCACAAAAUCCUACACUAAAAUCACCUAUUGACCAAAAUUCAAAAUCGCCCAAGCGAAUAAAUUCAUUCAACGACCAAAAUUCUGAUCAACAGAUAAAUUCAGUUGACGACCAAAAUUUCGAACAAAUAGAAAAAACACAUUCAUUUAAUGAUGAAAACCUCGAUCAAAUCGAACAAAUAAAUUUAUCUGAUAGUAAUCAAGAACAAAUAGACAAUGUAAUUACAGCAGGAAAUAAUAAUCCGUCUAAUAUACAAAUAGAUUCUGACGAUGAUUCACCCGUAGUUUCAGUAAUGUCGAAUGACUUUAGUAACGAUAGCAUAAUAGAGACAAUUUAG